AUGGACGCUGAUGCGGCCCGUCAAGAUGGGGAGCAGGUGCCCGGGGCUUCUGUUGCAGAGGCCGUCGGCGACGCGCCCAAAUCGCCUUCGGUGCUCUUCGACCAGGCCGUCCGUGCCGCAUUAUGCAGCCGCAUUACCAAACUGUCCACCGGCAGAUGUUCCGGGAGCAGAACAACCAGUGCUUCGAAUGCCCGCGGUGCCGGAAUCGCUUCAAGUCCGUUGGGGAGCGUCAGCAUCACCAGGCGAUGCUCCGACAUUAGGAGCGCAGAUGUAGCGAAGUGUGCCGCGGCGACGCCUCACAUCCGCGUCGCCCGCGACGCGCUCGCCGCGACGCGCCCCCUCGCCUCGGUGCCUUCACUUGGUGAUGGAGAUCCGACGGAGAGGGAUGAAGAGGCGACGACCGCGACACCGACCCUCACCGCGCCGCUGCUCGAGGCGGAGACGAAGAGGUGCUCCAAGAAGACGGUGGUGGAGGGGGCGACGUUCGUGCAGACCGCCAAGUACUACUUCAACCAAAUAUCGGCACAGAAGCACGCGCGCCUCCUCGUCGCCUGCGACGCGCUCGCCGCGACCCGACCCCUCACCUCGGUGCCUUCGCUCGGUGAGGCGACGCCAACCACUUCAAUGGGAUACCCGCUCAGAAGCACUGGACCGGCCUCAAGCUCGGAGCCGGAGAUGCUGACGUUCCUGGAGACCGCAAAAGACUACUUCAAACCAGCUCAAGGAGAUCUGCACAACAAGCACUGGAUCUGCCUCAAGAACUCCUUCAACAACGGGAAAUGCGGCUCGGCGCCAGAGGUGCAGGAAAAAUGCUACAAGAAGACGGUGGGGGAGAAAGCUACUGCAUUAACCAGUUGUUGCCCAUGUAAAAGCACUGGAUCAGCCUCAAGAACUACUUCAACCGGAAGUGCGGCUUGGUACGUGUUCGGCAAGCAGAAGGUCGAGCCUGCGGCGAAGCCUGUGACAACAGGAUAAAUGAGGGGAUUCUGAUCGUUGUCUUGCAAAGCAGUUUAAUCGCACUGAAGGUGUUAUGUCUGAUCACUGUGGGGAAACAAAAUGUAAAUAAUCUUUGGGUGUUCUACGGUGAAGCCUUGAUACUUCUUUGGUCUCCCCAGAAACUAGUAUCAUAGUAUGUCAUGCUAGUUGUCAUGGUAGUGGUUUGGGAAUGGUUAGCCCAGUAAUUCGUCACGAGCACUCAGUGCUGAUCGGCUUCAAGUUCGUUGAAUGUGAACCUCAAUCUGUGCCUGAAAUCGAAUCGUCACCGAAGCUAUUUGCCAUGAGUUCGUGCUUCUGGUUACUUUGAAUUGAUGUUCAUUGCCUGUGUUCCAUCUUUCCA